CGUGCUCCUGCGAGUUUUACUUCUCCUAGAGCAGGAGCGGAGCGCUCCCGGGCUAGACUCUGCAGCUCAUCCUCUGCUCCUUGAACCAGGGGCUCUCCGCCAUGCUUUCUGCUAGUGUCAAAACCGACUGAUGUUGCUUCUGGAGGGUUUUUGGUCUACCUGGUGAUUGGGAAAAGAAAAAGAAAAAUGGAGAGGUUUAACAGGAUAGCUGUGCCAGCUGGACAGAAGCUGAGGCAACUUCAAAAGGUCUUUCAUGGUAUUACAAACAACGAAGGUGGAAUAAUGAACAAAUUCAAAAAGUUAAAAAACAAAGCACCACCCAGUGUGCCUCAAAGAGAUUAUGUUUCAGAAAGCCCGGUUGAUGAAGAGGAACAGUGGUCAGAUGACUUUGACAGUGACUAUGAAAAUCCAGAUGAACCCUCUGAUUCAGAAACCUAUGUAGUACCUGGAGAAGAAACUACAGAUGACAGCUAUGAACCUCCUCCUACAGAAAAAGAGAAAAGGAAGCUCCCUCCUGUGCUUCCAUUUUCCAAGGGAGAAUAUGCAGAUAAUCGAUCAAACCAGAGACAUUCUCCACCUUUCAGCAAGACACUUCCAAAUAAAGCAAGUUGGCCUUCCCAGAAAACAAAGCACUCAUCUUUGCAGGUACCUCUUCGGCAGAAGCCUCAGCUCUCAUCAAAGCCAAAAAACUGCUCAGAAGAUGAGACUGAUUAUGUGGUUCCUGUUGAGGAUGAAGAUGAAAACUACAUCCAUCCUACAGAAAGCAGUUCACUCCCGUCUGAGCAAGCUCCCAAGGUGAACAGAUCCAUCAAGCCUUCUAGUUCUGCACCACCAGCCUCUCCUCCAUCCGUACCUGCUUUAGCCCCAGGAGAAGAGUAUGAAGUCCCUGUGACUGAGACACCACCUUUUUCCCCAUACCAAAAACCAUCCAUCAAAACCUGUGACAGCAACAGUGCUGCAACUUGGGAAUCCAAGUCUCCUUCAUCAAUUCAAGCCCCAUCACCUCUCCCAAGGGCCAUAAAGAAAACAGCAACUCAACUGAAAACAGCCCCAGGUCUCCCUCCACCGAACACCUUGAGUGGGCAUGAAGAAAAGCCCGUACCUGCCGAACGUCACCGAGGCCGAACCCUCAGCCCGAGGCUGGACCUCCCACACCCGUCAGCAUUUCCCACAGUCAACAAACCAAUCCAACAGAAACCUGUACCUCCACCAAAGCCUCCAGAGGUGUUAAGUCCCAGUAUGGAUAUUCCAUUACCCAACUUUCCAGCCAAUUCCUGUUUGUCAGAUCAGGAAGCUGAAGUUCACUGCCGACCAUGGUACGCCGGCUCCUGUGACCGAAAGUCAGCAGAGGCUGCAUUAUACAAAUCCAACAAGGAUGGAUCAUUUCUUAUAAGGAAAAGCUCUGGCCACAACUCCAAGCAGCCAUAUACAUUAGUUGUAUUCUAUAACAGAAGGGUUUAUAACAUCCCUGUGCGGUAUAUUGAAUCAACAAAACAAUAUGCUUUGGGCAGUAAGAAAAAUGGUGAAGAGCACUUUAACAGUGUGGCUGAUAUAAUAAAGAAUCACCAACAUACACCUCUGGUUCUCAUCGACAGUCAGAACAAUACCAAAGAUUCCACUAGACUGAAAUAUGCUGUUAAAGUUUCAUAGGAAGUAAGAAGAGAAGGGAGAUUAGUAGAGUUGCCUCAGAUGUCUUCAAUUCUCUACUUUUUUUCGUGACCCAAGAAACAUUCUGAAGACCACUCUUGGAUCACAGCUCGUGCACCAUGGACUGAGGCAGCUGGCACAGAGGACAGCACUCCUUCAGAAGGAGAUCUUGGAGACUGUGCUGUCUGUUGUUUCUGUUAGUAUACAGUGUGGUUGAGAUGUUAUCACCAUUGCCAUAAGACUCCAAACUAGACUGCAAGAAGCAGUUAGAGAAUGAGAAUUUUCAGUCAUUCAACUACAAAUUCUCUUCUAUUGAUCCAUUUUCAGCAGAAGAAAGCAACGCCAUCUAGCAAACAAGGUUGCUAAGAAACUGAGGCUGGGAAGAAAGAGCUCUAAACUCAGAUGGCUGAGAUAUCCUGGGUAUCUUUUCUCAAACCCUGACAAUCACUUCUUGAUUAAACUUCUAAUGUAAAGGAAGAAAAGAUCAGAAUAUUAUGAUAUAUUCUAGACCGUAUGUAGCAGGAAUGUAUUAUUGAGUGAUUGCUCUGACCUGUCAGCACUCAGUUCCUCCCACAGGGAGGGCAGGACAGGGAGUGUGGAUGUGCCCUAAAUCAUGGGGUCAGCUUUCUAAGAAAUCAUUGUUCACUUCCAGGUUGGUUGGGGUUGUUCUACUCAUUCAAGAGAUAUCAUUCUUCAUGCACGUGUCUAUCGGUGGACCCAGAAGUGGGAUGAACAAAACCCUUGAGUUCACAGCAAACCUUCUCCUAGAGAUCCCAAAAAGGGGGUGGGGAGGUGUUAUGACAAUCAAAAUUGGACAAGAAUGCGAUUAUUUAGAAGCUGGCAACUGACCAUUGAAGAUAACUAUAUUUUAAUAAGAUGCUUAAUUUUUAUACACUCUCCUGCUAUGGUUAAUGCCGAUUGACCUUGCUCUGAAUAUUCUUAACAUUUUUUAAGUAAAAUCCUUUUCUAAUGUGAAUCAUGAACCUCCUUCUUCCCAAUCAGCCCCCUACCCCACCCCAAUCAUUUCAGUUUUCUAAGUAUGGUUGUUCCUAUGUGGUACAAUCUCAUUAAAUCUGAAUCUGUAACAACCUGACUUGGACCAGUGAAAUUUAUUUUUUCACUAUUGAUAACAAAAAGAUUUUUACUAAUAAAGAUUCAUAACAGCAGCAAAAUUGAUUGGCCCUUGGUUUCUAACUGCAGUUAGACGUGGAGUCACGAAGACCUAGGUUCAAAUCCUGCCUUAUUCAUUAGUGAUAUGACCCUGGGCAAACUAACUUAACGUCUCUGGGCCUCAUUUUCCUCAUCUGUAAAGUGAAUUUUGAUUUGAUGACUUCUAAGGUCUAGCUCCUAGGACAUGAACCUUCAGGCUACUGAAAGAUCUGGCUCUCCAGAGAUUAAAAACAUACCUCCUCCCUUGAAUGUGUGCUAAACUACCCCUUUCUCCCUCCUCUCUAUCUCAGACAUCCUAGAGCAGUGGUGUUGAACUCAAAUAGAAAGAGGGACCAUCAGUCUGUACAUAAGGAUCCCUGCGGGCUGCAUACUGAUGUAAUUUUUCAAAGUAAUGUUAUCUUUGUUUUAUCGUAGUUUUAUUUAGUUAAAUAUUUCCCAAUUAUAUUUAAUCUGGUUCUGAGGCACUCGGGGUGGGGGUCCCAUGUUUGACACUUCUGUCCUGGAGUACUGGCCCCACCAAAGAAGCAGAUAGGAGCCUGGGAAAAGCUUCAGUUUGUCUCCCUGUGUCAAACAGAACUAUACAAGUCGGGGUUUGGGAUCUUGCUGGGCUGCUCAGACAAAUUACUAAACAGGGAAAUGGGAGUCAAACUGGUUCCAACACCAGAUGAGAAGUAGAAGUCUGUACUCCAAAUCUUCUAAUUCCUCUUUUUCUACUUAAAGCAUUGCAUGAUGUCUCAGAUCUACACCAACGUUACAGGCAAGAUGCAGAGGCCUUUAGUUUUAACUUCAAUUAGCUACAAUAGAACAGAACUUUGUUUCUCAUGUUAGAAGUUGGAGGGGAGGAGGCGGUGACAGGGAGAGGGUCAGAAUGUACGUCUAGCUACUGGCUGCCAAGUAUCUGAAGAUGUGUAAAUGUUUCUGGGGUUCACUUAAAUUUGAAGAUCCCUACACUACACGAAGACAAGAGAUUACCUUUUUUUUUUUAAUUGUACCUGUGGUUUAUGUGUACAGAUGUUCCAACAGAAAAAGAUAUGUUGGGAUGGGAAGGGAAAAUAAUUAAAUGAAUAUGACGUAGUGUGAAAUAAAGAAAUUAAAUUCC